AUGGAAAGUGUUGCCAGAGGAUGUGGUUGGCAGAAACUUGGUGCAUAUAUCAAUCUAGGAUCUUAUUAUAUUUUGGGUGUUCCUUUUUCCGUUGUCUCAGCUUUUGUAUUCCACAUGAAGGGACAGGGGCUAUUUUUAGGGAUUGUAUUAGCACUUACUGUGCAAGUGGUGUGUUUUCUUCUUCUCACCUUACAGGCCAAUUGGGAGAAAGAAGCAGAAAGGGCAGUUGCAAGAGUAAGAAACAGUGAAGCCAAUGUUGAGGACCAAAAUAUUGAUGUUGCUUCAUAGUUUAACAAUAUUUGUUCUAAGUAGAGCACUUAUCUUGGAAAAUUAAUGUUGUUUAAUUAUAUGAAUCCCAAACUUAGCAUCAAUGUACUUAAGCACAACAUAAUUAUAACUUUGUAGCACACACUCUCAAAACAAUAACCGUCAAUUUUCUGAGAAAUUAUGAACCAAUUUCUUUU